AUGUUGCGCUUAUUUGCCGCGCAUGCGGCGCAGCAAUUCCAGCGCCACGCCGCCAAUCGCGCGUUCAGCGCGCUCGCCGCUUCCGCUGCAGGCGGAAUGGGCGGCGUCGCGGCGCGGAGGUGGGGCAGCGUGUGGAAAAAGUGCCGCCCGGAUGCCGCCGCUGCUGCCCCCGGCGCCGCCACGUGCGGCGCACCGUUCGAUUUCACGCAAGCCCCGUAUUCGUCCACUGUUGAUCUCGAUUUCUCGCAGCUCACGCCACUGGCGUUCGCGAGACGCUUCAGCGCCGGUACCGCCGCGUCUGGCGGCAACAUCCCCGUAGAAAGCGCCAAUAAGCCGUCCGAUAAGGCCGCUGCAAGCAGUGGCAUUGGAGGUUCGGACAACGUCUACCUCCAUCACACCAAGUACGCGUCAACAACAAACUUCACCAUGGGGGAGAUCGACUGGGAGGCGGACGCGGCGCAGAGCAUGCAACCCAAUUCCCCCCGUUCCCCGCUGUUUCCCCCUCCGCCUCUCCUUAUUCCCUCCCCAUAUCCCUCCCCCAAUUGCGCAGCCAAACUUCACCAUGGAGGAGAUCGACUGGGAGGCGGACGCGGCGACUCGCCGGAGCAUGCACCCCGAUUCCCCCGUUUCCCCGAGCCCCCCUUAUUCUCUCCCCCUCCUCCCGCCCCCCCUUUCCCCCCUUUGCGCAGCCGAACUUCACCAUGGAGAAAAUCGACUGGGAGGAGGACGCGGCGCAGACCAAACUUCACCAUGGAAGAGAUCGACUGGGAAGCCGACGCCGCGCAGAGCAUGCUGGACCACGCGCGCAUCCUACGGAGCACGCACGUCCACGUGGCAGGCUCCUUAAUCUACCGCGCGCCCAGUGACAGCUUCAAUACUCGUAGCAGCAACAGUGGUACCACAACCACCACUCGUAGUAACGCCAUUGGUGAACGUCCCUCCUCCCCCCGCGGCGCCCUCCGCUCCCCGCACUCCGCGGCCAUGCGCCCCCGCUCCCCCUCCCCCCCCCGCUCCGCUCUCCGCUCCGCCCACGGCUCCGCCCACCCCCUCCGCUUCCCCUCCCGCCCCGCCUCCGCCUCCCGGGCAGCCUCCCGGUCCGGGCCGCGCCUGCGUGACUAUAUCGAAGCCCACUCGCGCUCCCAGGCUACCUAUCCUUCAUGGUUUCCUCCUUGGCAAUCUUCCCCCUCCACAAUCCCCCCCACACCCUCCCACCCCACAAUCACCCUCCACUCCCUCUCCCCCCUUCCUCCUUCCUCCCCCAACUUCUCACCUGCAUUCAACCAACCUGUCAGCCUUGCUCCCGCUCCCCCUCUCCCCGCUCGCCCCACGAACCAGCUUCAACGAAAUUCUCAUCUCACUUUUUCCCCAUGCGUCCCUCCCUUCCUCUCCCCUUCUCCCCCUCCUCCUUCCCCCUACCCCUUCCCCUCCCCCUUCCCGCUGUCCCCCAUUCCACAGUCAACCAACCUGUCCGCCUCGCUCCCGGUCCUCCUCUCCCCGCUCGAUCCGCACUCCACCAAUCUGUCCGCCUCGCUCCCGGUCCUCCUCUCCCCCCUCGACCCGCACGUCAUCUGUCUCUCAAUCGCCCGCGCCCACUCCGCCCUCCACGCCUCCUCCCCGGCCAAAAUCCGCCGCGCCCGGGACCUCUUCCAAGAACACGCCGACACGCCCGCCAUCCACCGCAUCCUCUUCCAGGAAGCUUCCUCCGCCCACCCCGCGCACGUCACCCCGCGCGUGUUCGAGUGCGGGAUUUUCUCCAAGGCCCGGGAGGCUCAAUCCCACGUGGUCCUGGCAAAGGGGACCGAGCCAAAGGUGGUGCAAGCGGCGGGGGAGGUCCUGAGAAGAUCGCUUUGCAAGCUGACCCUUCUCGGGAAUCCCGAGGAGGUGCUUUUGCAGGCGAAAAAUCAGUGCGUGGAUUUAUCCGGAGCUAAUAUUGUCGAUCCCGGAGCUAGCCCGGACCUGGAUCGGUACGUGGAGUUGAUUUGCCAGGCACAGCUGGAGCGGGGGGUGACGAUGAGCGUGGAGGAGGCUCGGCGGCUGCUGCUUUCCGACCCUGCGUCGUUUGGUUCGGCGAUGGUUGCUGCGGGGGAGGCGGACGGGAUGGCGGUCGGCGGGAUUCGGCCGAACGGGAACGGGAGGAUUGUGCGGGGGGUGAUCAAGACGCGCCCGGAAAUGCCCGUGGUUUCGGGGGUAGUUUUCAUGUGUCUCCCGGAUAAAGUGCUGGUUUAUGGAGACAGCGCGGAAAACACCCUUCCUCUGAUUGGUUCCAGCUCCACAGCUGUGGCCCCGAGCCUGGGCGCUUCGGCGCCGACCAAUGGGAUCGCCACUGCCGAUCCAACGGCUGAGGAGCUUGCGAUGAUCGCCAUGUCAUCGGCUGACACGGCGGCAGCCUUUGGCGUGGAGCCACGUGUCGCUCUGCUGUCCACACAAGCAAGCCAGCAGGGAGCUGCCCGUGCUGCUCAAGGUCGUCUCACGGAGAGAAUAGAGGAGGCGGCGCAUAUAGUGAAGGAGCAACGGCCUGGCCUUGCAGUCGAAGGGCCUCUGCCAUAUGACACCGCCCACCGCAUCGAACUCCUCCCAACCGCCGCGCUUCGCGCGAACUUCACCGCAGUCGACGUGCUCGGCAAGGGGCAGUACGGCGUCGUCUGGCGCCUCGUCGACCGCCGAACCGCGCGCGAGUUCGCAUGCAAGCGCGUAUCGCGAGCCGCGUGCGGGGAGAACGCGCACGCCGCGGCGCGGCGGGAGAUCGAAAUCAUGGCGAAGCUUCGCGGAAAGGGCUCGGGACAUAUAAUUGGAUUGGAAGCGGUGUACGCGGACCGAGAUUCGUUAUACAUGCUCAUGGAGCUCGGGACCGGAGGGGACCUUUUAGCGAGGAUACAGAACGAAGGGAUGCUUAGCGAAGCGGAGUCACGAGAUAUUUUCGCGUCGGUGGCUCGCGCCGUUAAGGAGUGUCACGAUCACAGCAUAGUUCAUCGCGACAUCAAACCCGAGAACAUCCUUCUCUGCCCGAAGAAAACUGCUCCCGGAGUCGCUGCGACGGAUUCUUUUUCGCACAACCUUUCGCAAUCGUCCUCCGCGGCGGGUAACCCGCAACACGUCGCGAAACUCACAGAUUUCGGCCUGUCGCUGGAGCUGCCACGCUGGCAGCAGGUGGUUGGGUACGCGGGGAGCUACCCAUACGAAGCGCCUGAAGUGAUGGCUUUAGAGCCGUACGAUGAAUCUGCUGAUAUCUGGAGCCUCGGCGUGUUACUGUACGCGAUGCUUUCGGGAACAUGGCCUCUGUUCCGUAAUAACGUUAGAGAGCUCGACGAUAUCGCGGAUUGGGAGGCGCCCUGCUGGUCGUCGAUCUCGGACGACGCGAAGAAUCUCAUCCGUUGGAUGCUCGCCGUGGACCCCCUCAUGCGCCCCACGAUCGACCAAAUACUCGCUGACACGUGGCUGGCUCCGCCUCCCCCUCCGCCCUCCCGCCGCUUCACCACAGCAGAUGACGUCUCCGCCGCGUUUCCCGCCGCUAUUUCCGCCCUUGUUGCAAUCCCUGACAUCAAGUUCCCCCAACCUGACUUUCCCGAGCCUAACUUAUCCAAACCUGCACCCAAGAAGCUGGAGAUUUCUCUCCCCGAAGCUCCAGAACACCCGGUCAGCCCAAUAAAAAACUCUCCUCGUGGAAACUACUUCAGCAGCCCCAAGCACGCGGCAGCAGCGUUGAAGCACGUGGUCCCCACGUGCCUGGCUUUCAAGAUGCGCGCCGGGCGGCGAGGAUCGUCUCGUGUGGCGCCGACAGCUGUCUGCCUCUCGCAGUCAGUUGACGGGGCGGCAGGAGCCAGGCAGAGCCGCCCAAUCGCGGCGUAA